GCUGAGUUCAGUUUGAAUUUAGCUGAGCCAACAAACACUUCUCUAAUUGCUACCUUUACGAAAAAAACAAUAUAGAGAUCUACCUACUAAGCCUGUGGAGAAUACGAAAUAUUCUAAUGUAUAUUGUAGCAAUUCUUGUUUUGAAUAUAUUUUUGCUUGCAUACGAAGCUGUUGCUAAUGGCGACAUCGAGUACUGCAAACUCGGUUGCGCGGACCCAGGCAAAAAACAUGCCGUUUGUGCCAAUAGAAAGCAGAAACUGAUUGAGAAUUGUCCAGCUGAUACUAAGAUUAUGCCAUUAGAUCAACUCCAAAGUAUCAUAUUACAAUUGCACAAUGAACGACGUGAAUUUGUGGCAAGCGGCAGAGAUGAAAUGCUACCGCCCGCAGCACGUAUGGGUGAACUGUUUUGGGAUGAAGAAUUGGCCGACUUAGCUGAAUAUAGCGUUAGACGUUGUCUUAUCAGUGAUCCGCACUGUUACACGACACCAAGCUUACCCAAUCCAGGACGUAGUGCAACUAUAUUUAAGUACGAGGCAAAAGAAGACACAUUUGCGGAGCUGGUGCCGACACGCAUAAUCGAAUGGCUGGAAACGUCGAGAGAAUGUACAGCGGAAAUGGCAGCUUAUUUUCCAGAGAAUCCAGAAGGACAUGUCGAAUUCUUCGGUCGUGCCAUUACGGAUAGUAACAAUCAAGUUGGUUGUGCGGCAUCGGAAUGGAUAAAGAAAUCAGAUAAAUUGUUUCUAUUAGUUUGUCUUUACACGAAUGACGUCGAAUCGGGUAAGCGUUUGUAUAAAUUUGGUCGUCCUGCGUCGCGUUGUCUAUCGGGUACCAGUAGUCAGUAUAAAAAUUUAUGUAGCAGCAAGGAAGACUAUAACGUCACAGAUUCGGAUCAUGCACGUAGAAGAAUGCCGGACAUGAGUUCUUUUAUCACGAAAAGUGGUCCAAAUUACGAUGCACCCGAGGGAAGUCUUUGGCAAUUAGUCAUGUGAAUAGAAAGUGGAACACAAAAAGUUUGAUAUUUCUUAUAAAUCGCAUUAUAUAUUUUAUGUAUGUUAUAUUUGUAUAUUUCAAGAAAGAAAUUGUUUAUACACAGACUACAGUUUUUAUGCUAUCGAUCAC